AUGUCUGGGUGUACUGUAAAUCAAAGUUUGAUGUCAAAGAAAACGAGAGUACUUAUUCAACUUAUGUUUUCCAUAACAAUACCUCAGUUACUUUAUUUGAACAUCGCAACAUUCUUGCCUCAGUAUAGAUCUCUGAAUCACAUAUCUAUAGGAGAUGGAAUGAUUGGAAUUAUUUUAUCGUAAGAGUAUUUUAUUUCUUUAACCGAUGAUACUAGAAUGUUUCAAUUCUCGUUCCUUGUAGUUUCACUAAUCAUCGGUUAUUCUAUUAUAUGCAAUGAAUUUAAGGAAGAGAGAGAAAAAUACAUAGGUUUCAUUUAGACAUCGGCAGGACUGGGAAUCAUGGCAGGUCCCUUCAUUGGAUAGAUGAUAUACAAUGAAGUUGGAUUCUAAUUAACAUUUCUUUACUUUUCGUUGAUUAUUCUGAUUGCUGUUUAAAUGGCAUCAUAAUUAGAGAUCGAAGAAGAAUAACAGAUAUUUAUCGUGAGAAACUACGAAGAUGCUGAAAAUUAAUAGAUGGAAACAUUUUUAGCUAAUGAUCAAGUAUUGUUUCAUGAUUCCUGUCUUGCAGAUCAUUUGAUUAACGAUCAAGCAGUUGGCUCUCACUCAGUUGCAUUAUUUAUGUUUGGGCCAUCAAAGAUAUUUAACUUAGGAGAUAACCUAACUCUCUCAGUCAUAGGAGUUGGAAUCCUUGGUUGCACUCUCGCUAUGAAUUAUUAGAUUAAGUAAAAAGAAGGGAUUUAAGAUAGUGAACAAUUAAAUGAUUUGGCUGCUAGUAUAAAUAGUGCAACUUAUGGUCUCGGUGCUGUGUUCGCCCCUAUCGUCGGUGGAUUUUUAUAUUAGUUUGUUGGAUUUCAAUACGCCUGUGAUAUUCUUGGGUGUAUUUCAUUUGCUUAUGGCACAUUCUAUUUAUUCAUAAGAAUAAUCCCAGAAUUAAAAUAAUCAAAACAAGAUGGAGCAAGAGAAUAAUAAUUAAAACAGAAAAAUUUUGAAGUCUAAAAAAUUAAACCAUCUUGGAAUGAAUUAGGAUAAACUAAUAUCAAUAUUGAAUUGAUAAUUAAAAGCAGAAGCAAUAGUGAUGUACCAACUAUUGCUGACGACUAAAAUUUCUCUCUAUCAAACUUGCUAAGUUGA